AUGCGUUAUCUCUUGAAAUGUAGAAAAAGAUUGACAAAUAUACAGUAUUUACCAUACCUUACGAAAGUAGAUCCAAGUAAGAUAGCUCCUGGAUUCCCAUAGAUAUAAACAUUCAAGGAUGAAGCAAAGUAAAUGAUCACAGAUCCAGAAAUCAAGAGAAAAUAAAUGCAACAUCUUGAGUUGCUCAAAAAAGACUUAGUAAAGUAAGUUCAAAAGAGUAUAUCAUGCUUAUGA